CGUAGACCGGCUUUGGAGGUGAUGCAUCCCUCUUCCGGGUUUAACCGGAUAUGGAGGAGCUCUUUGAGUGGACGCCAUCAAAAAAGACUUCAAACACCGCCCAGUGGUUUGCCUGGACCCGCUCCUUAUGUCUGAAGACUCAAGCAGCGAUGAAGAAUGGCAGCUGGAUGCACACCCCGUGGCGAAAUGUUGGGAGUGUGGCAAAAAGUUCAGCAAAAUAACUAGCUUGCUGUCUCACUACAAAAGCCACAAUAUCAGAGCUACCUGCCACAUCUGCAAGGUCACUUUCCGACGCCUGACGUCACUAUCCAUGCACCUGGAUAACGCACACUCCCCACCCCUUUGCAAAAAGUGCAAUCAGUCUUUCAGUAACGGGUGGGAGUUGAACAAGCAUGCAGAGACACGUUGCAUGGGUUUAAUGCCAUUUCAAGAAGCUCCCUCUUUGAUUUCAGCUAUCAUAUAUCAGAAUAGUGACAACUUUCCUAUUGACGCGGCUGCACAGCAGAGCAUAAAGUUGGUGCUGCGUGACUCAGUGUCUGAGUUGAGGCCUCAACAAAGAAUUGAGAUGGAGCCUGAGAGAGCAGAGACAUCUAAAAACAGUGUGGAGUAUACAGUGGGUGAAGAUGAUAAUGAUGUUGACAUGGAAAGUGACUGUGAGAAAGCCGAUGACUCAGCAAGCACUGAAUCUGAUGACGAAGAUAAGACACACUCUCAACCUGCAGACUUGUGUCCAGAUGAUCCAGAAUCAGAUGGGGGCUCAAGUUCAACUGAAUCUUCCAGUGAACCUUCUCACAGUCCGCACACUGACACCCCCCCUGCAGCCCUUCCUGCUGUCGAUAGUUCAAUAUGUGCUGCGUGUGGUAGAGGGCCGUUUCGGUCAAUGAAGCUUCAUUUGCUGCACUGUAGUGGUGUAAAGGUAAAAUAUCAGUGUUCGGUGUGCAAGAAGCUCUUUCUAACUGAGAGGUCUCUAAAUGAACACUACAUGCCUUUGUAUUCCUGUGAAAUCUGCGGCCAAGUUUUCCCUAACAAGAACUCGUACCAUCACGAGCAGUGUCCCGUGGGAACCAAAUCACCUCUGGUCCUCUUUUGUCCCGAGUCAAUGCCGCAAGCGUGUAACAUAUGCAAAUCCUUUUUCACCACUACCAAAACCUUAUUGAACCAUGUCACCAAAGUUCACACGUCAGUGGUCAGCACCAAGGUGUGCAUUAUUACCAAUCCAUCAGUGUUGACCGAUAAAAAGGUUUUGUCAGGUUACCGUGGCACCGCAGUCCAGUCAGCCAUCAGUAGUCCCAAUGUAGUCAACCAGGUACUAAAUGGAAAGCUCUGCGUAGGCCAGACCCAUGCAGGGUCUCUGUCUCGGCCUUCCUUUCUCUCGACCUCCUCCCUCGCAGGCAGACCUCCGGUCACUAUAUACAAGGCGUCCUCUGCUGCACCUGUCAGACUGGGGAAAGACGGUGCCUUUGGUCCAGCCAACCAGCCUUUAAGCCGUCUCUCUGCACCUUUAUUCGUCCCUCCUGGUGCCGCUGACAAAACUCCAGCCACUGUGGCCUGUGGCCCCGUCACCCCACCAAUGCCCACUAUUGUGGCCAUGUUUGAGAACGACAGCCAGGGCAUCGCUUUGAUGAAACGUAUGAACACAGGCUGGCGCUCCAAGGCCCCUUACCCCUGCAGGCAGUGUGGUGCCAUCUUGCGGCAGCCCUCCCUCAUCAUCAGCCACCGCUACCUCCACCGAGGCCGCCGCUCACACCAGUGCCAGUGCGGCCGAGCUUUUAAGCACCGGCUGCACCUGUUGCGGCAUUGCGUUCAGCACGCGGAGACCAUAAGCUACAUCUGUGUCAGCUGUGGGGAGACUUUCACAGGAGCAAAACUCUUAGCUGAGCACAUGAAGGGCAAAUCACGGAAGAAAUCGCAUUCUGCACGUACAUGGAAACUUAAAGUCAAGAGAAAGUGCAGAAUGCCCUUUACAUGCGACUGUGGCCAACUCUUUUUUAGGCCUUCGGCUUACAUAUGGCACCAACUUAAAAACAGGGCAAAAACGAAACAAUUGAAGACGCCCUUGGAUUGACAAAGCGGACCCAUCGCUGGUUUCUCCAUGGCUUCUAGGUACUCUUCUCCAGCUCUGUGCACCACACUUUAAAACAAAGUGUUAGAUGAAAAGGGAUCUUUGACAUCUGAUUGUCACUGUUUUGUUUAUUUUUGUAAGAAGAAAAAAAUCAAAGCAAAAUCACAUACACAUUCAUUCUUAAUGGCUUUUAAUUAUAAGCGUGUCCUGGAUGGUUGUUAACAUGUUUUCACCAUGGGCAAAUGAUACAUUGUAAGCAAUGUUAGAACAAGUUCCUCAUCAGUUCUUUUGAAAACACACCCAAGUACAAAUUAAUCCACUAGGAACGACACAUCAAAACUCCAGUUUAUCCUCCAGAGCAAGAGUAAAUCCAGUUUAGCCAAAAUGUUCUCACAAAGUGCAUUCUUAUCAGUGAGGUUUGUGUGGGAGUUUCCAACUCCUCUUGUUUUUACUACAGCUGAUACAAAUGUUAUGCUCUUAACUGUGAAACAUUGUAGAUGUCUUGGUAUUCAGAUUUUAAAAAUAGCAUCUGAUUCAUUUUUUUUAUAUAGUUAUAUAAUCUUCAUGGUUUUAAUGUUAAUUGUCCUCAAUAUUAUGUAGUUUACAUAAUUUAUGUCCACUAGAUGGAGCUGUGGGUUGCUAAAAGACAACCCACACUCACGUUGCAUUGUUCUCAGAGCAGGUGUAAACUGUUAGAAGAUUUUCCUGCAUCAGUUGAACUUAAAUGUUCACAAGAAUCUUUGAGUUUCAGAUGACAUCCCUUAAAAGCCCAAGCACAGUUUGAAAUAAAGGUUUCUUCCACAGUGCUUGAAUUGAUAUUUAGGUUUUUUUUUCUCCGUUAUGAGCAUCAAAACACAUUUCAUUCACAAUUCACUUGGUGGGUUAGGGGAAAGCAGAACAAUGAGGACUUGUUGGCAAUUGUAUUAUAUUCAAAAUUCCUGUUUGCAAACAAUAAUCAACCAUUUAACCAUUAAACUGUCUGCUAAUGAAAAA